UUGUUCACUUUCUGCGUUGGCCUGAAAUUGCUUUGUUACUAUAGAAACAUUAUAGAGAAUUCUGCUAAAAUUGUUCAUUUUUUCAGUAAAUUAAUUGACUAGAUGUGUUAAUUGUAUUUAAGAAAUUCCAUUUCAGACUAGACAACUUUUUUUGACAUUUAAUAUUUUAACAUUAUAAAAAAAUUCGCGUUUAAAAUAUUUCCUUCUCCUAGGUUUUUAAAACAUUGUUGAGCAGAAGACAGAAUCAGCCGUUUAUCGAUGAUGGCUUGAUUGUCGUUGAUGAAUAUACCUAACCUAUUCUCGGCGUCCUUAUUGCAAUUACUCAAAGCAGUUUUAAUAGAAAAUCUUGGGUGUAUUCGAACAUUGCUAUCACUAAUAUUAUGUCAAGAAUUGGUGACUGUACAUACUUAAAAUAUUUAUAAUGGAUCCAGCGACGGUGAUAGCUCUUUGUAAAGAGAAUAUACAACCUUUACGACAUGGCCGUAAUGUUGCACAGUUGGGGACUGCACUUCGAGCACAAGAAGAUGCGGAAGCUCAACAAUUCUUACUUCAAGAACGACAAAUGCACGAAGAUGCCAUAAAAAAUUAUGUUGGGGAUGAUCCUCUAGAGAAUUGGUACGACUAUAUUCUUUGGAUUGAACAAAGUUAUCCAAAAAGUGGACAUGAAUCUCACAUUAGCAGACUGUUGCAAGAUUGCCUAUCAACUUUUGAGAAAGAAACAAAAUAUCAUCAGGAUAGAAGAUAUAUUCGCUUAUGGAUCAAUUAUAUAAGUAUGCAAACAAAUCCAAUAGAAUUAUAUCAACUUUUACACAAUAAUGGGAUUGGUACUAUGGUGGCAGACAUGUAUAGAGCAUGGGCUUUUGAAUUAGAGCAAAUAGAAGACUAUAAACGAGCGGAUGAAGUUUAUCUCAUGGGCUUAACUACUCGAGCGGAACCACUAGAUGAAUUGGAUUGUGCUCAUAAAAACUUUCAAUUGGCUGUAGCACGUAAAAUGCUUGGUAGAUCCGAAGAUGGAAAUGAAGUAUCUUUUACCGAACAACGUCAAGCCUUCAGUUCGUUAAAAGCAAUAAAAGUUGGAAAAAAAGUUGGUAGUGUAAGAACAGGUCAUCGUAUUCACGGUCAUCUUCCAGGUGUAAUACCACAAAGUGACGCAACCUCUCAUAGCACAAACCAGAAUUCUAGGGUACAAAUAUAUCAGGAUGUUACAUCUAAUAAUGACGGUAAAAGCUCCAGUAUUUUGGUUCAUGUGCCUGUAGAAGCAAACAUCCAUAAGGAAAACACUAUUAAACCUGGUCCAUGGAACUCUGGCUACAAAAAGUCUUCUUUAAUAUCAUCCAGUGUCAAGACAUCCUUUAAAGUUCAUGAAGAUCAACCUGAUGAUAAUUGUAGUUUAGAAAAAGUGAAACUGUUUCCUAAUCAUACUACAUUUUACGAUGGUAGCAAAUACGAGGAAUAUCCUAAGAUUCCAGUUUAUGUACCAGAUCCACCAAAUUCGAAUGUGAUACUGAAACCUCACUACCCCAAAGAAUUAGUAUACGCUAAUAAUAUUGAUCGAAGUAUGGAAGAAAUCAGGGCUCAGCAAUAUCUCGAAAGAAGUUCGAGUUUCAAAAAAGAUAUCAGCUUGGAAAAUUCUUCUACACAAUACUCUAACAGAUGCGCGGAAACAUUUAAACAACAUCAUCAAAUGGCACAAAGUCAACGUGGGCAACAAGGAAUAAACAGAUGCGAUCUACCAGUUCAGCAAGAAUUGCAUUGUCAGCUUUAUGGAAGAGAAAAACAUCAGCUUACAAAUCAAGGAGAGAAGAUGGAACAACUAGAGAUAAUUGGACAUCAUAGUGAACAUCUCAACCAUGAUCAACAAAGGAAAGAAUUAUCGCGAUUGAGAUAUGAAUCAGAACAGCUCCAAUUCAAGAGACUAGAGGUUGAAAGAUUAGAGCAACAGAUAUAUGAAGCUGAAAAUCAUGAAUAUAAAAGACUAGAAGCUGAGAGACUAGAAGCUGAGAGAAUGGAAGUUCAAAGAAUAGAAGCUGAGAGAAUAGAAGCUGAGAGAAUGGAAGUUCAAAGAAUAGAAGCUGAAAGAAUAGAAGCUGAAAGAAUAGAAGCUGAGAGAAUGGAAGUUCAAAGAAUAGAAGCUGAGAGAAUGGAAGUUCAAAGAAUAGAAGCUGAAAGAAUAGAAGCAGAAAGAAUUGAAGCACAAAGAAUGGAAGCGGAAUUGAGAAGGCAACAGAAGUUACAGUCUUCCAGUUUUUUAAGUCAACAUCAAUCUUCUAGUACUGCAACUGAUGAACACUUAUUGGGACAAAGUUUGACCGUGAAUACAAAGGAAGCAAUGUCCGCUGUUCAAGAACUAUGGCAAUCACCAAACACUAGCAAUAACAGUCCAAUGAUCAGUAGACCUAUGGAUCAUAGAAUAACUGCCACAAGGGAAAAACUAUCAUUUAAUAUUCAUAUGGAUAGCUCAAUGACCCAACACGCUAUGUCGACUAGUAAGCACCAUCCGGGAUAUAAUGUACCAAUACAAACGUACAAUGAUCAGGAAAAUAAUCAAAUUUAUCACAGUCCUUUUGCAAGUCAAGAGCACCAGUCUUUCGGAGGACAUGCCGUACAUAAUCCAUAUCAUUAUCAAGUACAACAUAUGGGAACACAUCAACAAGGAAUUCAGUCGCAUCUUCAGUCACAUAUACAGCAUCACUCACCCCAUUUGCAGACAUCGAUACACCAGUCACAUAUUCAUCAUACAUCUCACAUGCAGUCCCCACAUCAACAGCAUAUGGAACAACAUAUACACGUUCAGCCUCAACACAAUCAAGCUCCAAUGCUUCCUUCUCAUCAUAUUCAUAUGCAACAUCAUACAUCUCAUAUGCAAACAUUACAUGACACAUCCCAACAUAUGCAGCAAAUGGAUCAUAAUUCACAUCAACAGCAUCACAUGUACGGUAAUGUAGUGGCUAAUAUGAGUUACCAACAAUAUUCUCCGGCUAUGCAGUCUCCAUUACCACCCAUUGAACCUCAAAAACAGCUACAUUUCACGUCGUAUACGGAUCCUGAGUCAGAGACUAACAAAUCAUAUAAAAUGCCCACUGAACUGCCGUAUAUAAAGUCUCCCGGUAUGAAUAGACGAGAUUUGAAAUUUCUUGAAAGUGCUGAGAACAAGGAGAAUGCAUUAUGUGUUGAAUAUAAUAGUCCACUUGAAGAAAAUAUGAUUAAACAAGAAGAAAAUAUUUACGAGGAUGAAACACUUGGUACUGCACCACUAACAGUAGAUAAUGAAACAUGCAUUACAGAAGCAUUUAAUACACAUCUCACUAGCUCAACACCGAUUAAUCACUUUAAGGACUCCUACAGAGUAAAAGAACGUCAUCAAUUGCCUGGAGAUGGUGGUCAUCCUCCAACGAUACCAGAGGUUCAAGUUGCAGAUGGCGAUGAUAAGCUAAGUAUUAUCAUGGAAUCAACGAAAGAAUAUAUUUCCAGCAGUUCGGGAAGCAGCAUGCAUACUCGAACUACAACAUUAGGUUUUACGUCAACACGAGAAGACCUUGGAACCAUUAAAGAAAAGUCUAGUCCAGGUUUAUUAUCCAAUGAUACAUUACUAGCAGCGAAUCAAACAUAUGAUCAAAAAAUGAGAGCUAAAAUACAAGCGGUUCAUGCUCAAAGUCCACGAACUGUACAACGGAACGUCGACCAAAUAACAUCGGAUAUUCAAAUCAAUUGCGAUCUUAGAAAAUCAAUAAAUUUUAAUUUGAAUAAUGAACAUUUUAGCAACGAAAUAAAUGAUGAAAAAGUCAAUACAAUGGAAUAUGAAGAGCAAGAACCAAUGGAAGAAGUGGAAGAAGAAAUUUUUGAAUUACCAGAGGGUAAUAUAAAUCCAUUUGAUAAAAAUUUAAUCGCUGGUCUGUUAAGAAAAAUUAAGUUUCCACAAUCUCAACAUGCGGAAGGAUACGUAAGACUAAACUGCAAUUUAAAUAAAUUUGUGCCUUCCACCAUGAUUACGCUUGGAAAUCAAGCAUAUGACUUGGAUAAGUGCCUUGGAAAAGGAACAUAUGGGAAAGUUUUUAAAGCCGUAGAUUUACAAAAAAGACAAACCGUAGCCCUUAAAACUCAAAAACCUGCUUGGGUUUGGGAGUUUUAUAUUGCUCGAGAAAUUAAGGCUCGCCUUACAAACCCUUAUAUGUUGCGUGGUUUUAUGGAUAUUCAAACAGCCUAUGUUGCUGAUAAUAGUAGUGUUUUAGUUUCUGAAUACUCGAAAUAUGGAACUCUAUUGUCAGUAACUAAUCAGGUCAAAAUAGCUACUGGAAAGCCAGUACAUGAAGCCCUAGCUAUAUUUUUUACUAUUGAAAUGUUACAUAUUAUCGAAUAUUUACAUAAAUGUCAAAUUAUACAUGGAGAUAUAAAGCCGGACAAUUUUCUUCUCAUGCAUUUGCCAACAGAAGAUGCAAGACCGACAAUUCAGUUAAUUGACUUUGGAUGUAGUAUUGACAUGAGUCUCUUCCCAGAGAAUACACAAUUCAUGCAAGUCAUAAAAACCGAAGAAUUCACUUGUAUUGAAAUGCAAACAGGAAAACCAUGGACUUAUCAGACUGAUCUGUAUUGUCUAGCUGCUUCUAGUCAUUGCCUACUUUUUGGUAGUUACAUGCGUGUUUCAAAUGCAGGAGGUCGCUGGUUCAUAAACUCGAAAAUUCCCAGAUAUGCCAAAAAGGACGCCUGGGAGAGAUAUUUUACGGACCUGUUAAACAUAGAGUCUUGUGAUCGAAUGCCAGACUUACCUAAAUUAAGAAACAUAAUGGAAGAAGCUCUAAGUUUGAUGUCGGGAAAGGAAGGGAAAAUUAGGAGUUUUUGCAAUGUCCUGAAUAAUCGAUAACGCUUACUCAAUUCCAGCAAGUUAUCGAUGCCUGAAGGUAUAUACAGAUUUAGAAAAGAACCAACACUUAUAAAUUAAUUAAAAUGACAUUAUCAUGCUAUUUAUUACAUAGUUUAUAAUCAUACUAUCGUCUAGUUGCACAGAACUAGACGUAGACGUUCGGCCUGCUUCGUGGAAGCUCUAAUGUUAUUUUUCAGAAAUUGUUACAAAAAUCUUGUUACAUUACAUAUUUACUCGGUUUUACACCUGUAUUAUAGAAUAUACCUGGUAUUAUAGAAAAUGGGUAUAGUAAAAUUUAUUGCUACUGAAAGAAAUUUACUUCAUAACUUACAUUCUUAGCAAACCGAUUAGGCACUUGGUUUCAAAUUUAAUCACAAUAAAAAACAGAAAUGAAAUUUCAUACUAGUGGUACCUUUUACCACAAUAUUUUUUUGAAACAAGUUGCUAUAAUUUAAAUUAGUAAUAAUUUUAAUCUGUUACAUAAAACAUUACUAAAUUUCAUGAAAUUUAUGCGAGUAAUAAAGUGUUCAAAUGGGAAUUUGAAUAAAUAAUCAUCAUUUCAAAAACAUUUAUUAUUGUGGAAAAUUGUAUUAAAGACCUUUUUGAUCGAAUAAAUGAUUUUAAUCAA